GCUGUCAUUGAACAAAACAAAGCUCGUUUCUGUAUCGAUUUUGCAAGCAAGAAAAUCCACGGCCAGUUAUAGUAUCAAUAAAAUAAUGGCUCUUUACGAUGAUCUCGACACAAAACAUGGCCCCGAUAAGGUGGCUGGAUGGUCUUCGGGACUGAAGUUGUUUCAGCAGCAAUUGCAAGUGAAAAAAGUGAACCAACCGACUAUAACACCGAAAGCUAUUUUGCGGAAACCAGGUACCAAGAUACUUACGCCGGUUGUGCUGAAAGCCAAAAAGGAACCUUCGGAACAGACCUUUCCGUUCGUAGCAUCCAGUGCAGGGUCAGGCCCUAGCUCGUUAGUGGUAGAACCGAGCACCGUCGUUAAACCCUCUAAAGUACCCAUCACGGUCACGACGACCAAUGCAACACCCAACCCAAUCAGUGCGGCUACGGCCGAUGAUUACAAUUGGGAAGUGGUGGAUGAGUACGAUCCGAUGUGGCCAAACGAAUACGACAAGCUGGUGAAAGACAGAAAAGCUAAAGAACCUCCAAUCAAACCGCUACAGAGUGGUUUCAGUAGAAACAGACGCGAAUAUAAACGUUCGUUUGGUAUGCGGAUGAACAACAACAACAAUAGUAAUACCGGCCUCAGCCACAGUGGACAGCCCGACGAUGAGGGCCCGGCGGCGAAGAAGUUUAGUGGGUUCGCUGGUCGUCCCUCGUCAGACGACGAAGAGGAGUUCCGUCCCGGACAAAGCCGUCCUUCGGGUGCGGCUAUUGCACCACCGCCAUCGCUACAGGAGUCUAGUGCCGGUGGUAUCCCUACAGAAGGUGGUUCGAAAGUUUCACAGCUUGCUGCGUACGGUGGUAGUUCAGUGGCGGCCAAAAUUAUGGCAAAAUACGGUUUCAAAGAUGGACAAGGGUUGGGAAAACAGGAACAAGGCAUGGCAGUCGCGCUGCAAGUGGAGAAAACCUCCAAACGAGGUGGAAGAAUAGUACACGAGAAGGAUAUUCCAGCUACUGGUUCUGGGACGAGCAGCGGUUCUGGUACGGAAGGCGUAACUUCCCCACCGAGCGCAGGACAAAUGACUUCCGAACCAUCCAUAACAGAGAUCAUGAAAUCCCCGAGCAAAGUGGUUUUACUACGGAACAUGGUCGGUCCAGGUGAUGUUGACGACGAGCUGGAACCGGAAGUGAAAGACGAAUGCAACACGAAAUACGGUGAUGUGGUAACGGUGGUGAUCCAUGAAGUCCAGGAUGUGGUGCCCGAAGAAGCGGUACGCAUUUUCGUCGAGUUCAAGCGCAUGGAAAGCGCCAUCAAGGCCGUGGUCGAUCUGAAUGGACGGUUUUUCGGCGGCCGGCAAGUGCGAGCCGGGUUUUACAAUCAGGAAAAGUUUGAAAAUAUGGACCUAGGAGGUUAAGGGAGUGUGGCAUUUGAACAAAAAUAAAGUUCAAGCUUCGCAAAGUGUAACUAAA